GUCAGUCACCUGAAGCAUUGAGGGGCGGGUCGGAGAUGGAGAUCCGGAUCCGGAGCCGCUGAAAGGCGGAAGUGGAGGCCGGAGACACCGCCGGGGGGAGAGGAGCGGAGCCAGUCCGAGCCCUGGCCCCAAGUAACGCCGCCGCCCCAGAGCCGCCUUGGAGGCCCCCCUGUCCCACUAAGUGCCUCUUCGCGUAGCACCGGCCCCGCCCUCGCUCACUGGUACCGCUGCAGCAGGACGGCCAUGGCGGGUCGGGGAGGUGCAGCACGACCCAACGGACCAGCUGCCGGGAACAAGAUCUGUCAGUUUAAGCUCGUCCUGCUGGGGGAGUCCGCAGUAGGCAAAUCCAGCCUUGUCCUCCGCUUUGUCAAGGGACAGUUCCACGAGUACCAGGAGAGCACAAUCGGAGCGGCCUUCCUCACACAGACCGUCUGCUUGGACGACACAACAGUCAAGUUUGAGAUCUGGGACACGGCUGGACAGGAGCGGUACCACAGCCUCGCCCCCAUGUACUACCGGGGGGCCCAGGCUGCCAUCGUGGUCUAUGACAUCACCAACACAGAUACGUUCGCACGGGCCAAGAACUGGGUGAAGGAAUUACAGAGGCAGGCCAGUCCCAACAUCGUCAUCGCGCUGGCGGGUAACAAGGCAGACCUGGCCAACAAGAGAGCCGUGGAAUUCCAGGAAGCACAAGCCUAUGCAGACGACAACAGUUUGCUGUUCAUGGAGACAUCAGCAAAGACAGCAAUGAAUGUGAAUGAAAUUUUCAUGGCAAUAGCUAAGAAGCUCCCCAAGAAUGAGCCCCAGAAUGCACCUGGUGCUCCGGGCCGGAACCGAGGUGUGGACCUCCAGGAGAACAACCCAGCCAGCCGGAGCCAGUGCUGCAGCAACUGAGCCCUCCUGCCUGCCCACUGCCCCCACCUCCUCCGCCUGAACAACCUGACUGGAAUCCACUCUAACCAAUCGCACUUAACUACUCGGGCCACCGUGGGGGGAGGGGGCAGAGGGAGGGGGUCCACCAUGAUUUCUCCGUUUAAUUUUGUUCAUAGGCCGGAGUGAGUUAUUCCACCUGCACCUUUCUGUAAAAAUACUAAUUCAAUUUUAAGUCUUAAGUCACUUUUUUAAUAUAUAUGAUCUCUUCCCACUACCUGCCCUUUCUACUGUUCUCCCACUCUCCCUCCGUAGCCACAUGCUCCUGUUUCCUCCGCCCUUACAUAUGGGGAGGCAGGGGUUGGAGCAGUAACCCUCGUUUCCUUUUGCUGAUUCAUCGGGCUCAGCAAGAGCAUCCACAGCCUUCUGUUUGGCGUGUGCUUGGUUCUGGGCCACGGGGCAGGCCUAGGGACUAGGGAAGGGAGAGACAGCUCUUCCCUUAGCUGGCUGGCUGGCAUCAGGCUGCCGUCCCCCUCACCCCUGACACACAGUUGGGAGAGAAACCACAGCAUUAUUGUGACAGCCACGAACCCAUUGCCCACAGCCCACCCCAUCCCCCUCAUCCUUGGUCACCCUGACCUCUGGCUCUGAGCCCUGUUCUGACCAAAUCACGAUGAUGAGUAUUUGGGGGUGGGUGGGUAAGGGGGGAGUGGGCGGGAAUGGAACCAACUUUUUCUGUAUUUUGUAUUGUAUGUUUUCUUCAACAUGUAACCAAUCAGUAUCUUGUCAAUAUAGUCAGCCAAUGGAUUGAC